GAAUAGAAUAGAACUCUAGAAAUCGUCUGCGGCCGUGUACACAUGAUUAUUCGUAAUUGAGAAUUUUAGUGCGAGAAGCGGUUUUUUUUGUUUGUGAUAUUGGAAUAUUUAAGGUAAUGUUAAAACAAGAAUUGAUAAGGCGAAUGGUAAAAUAGAAUAGCUUAGAAAUGUCAAAAUACGAACGGAAAGAAUAUCAAGAAACGCAAGUGAUGAGAACCGUCUCUCCGCAACGACAAACAUACAACUCCAAUCAAAAUUUAUCAAAGUUUGAUAGUAAUUUAGAUUGCCUCCUUGAAGAUCUUCAAAAUUCCGUAUCACGUCCAGGAAGCUCGUUAGAUUAUCAUAGUGGCGGUAGAUCGAAAGAAACGUCUCGAAUAGUAACUACUGACAAAAACAAAUCUCUGAAUACUAUUUCUAGUAUUAAAUCAAAUCCAGUUACAGAAUACUCAUCAGAUGACGCUUACAAUUAUCAGAGUCCAGAUGGAAGACAGCAUAUCAGUGGAUAUAAAAGAGAAAAGUAUAUGUAUAAAACUACAAGUGAAGAUGUUACACCAGAAAACAUUAGAGCUCAAAAUAGCAUAAAUCAAUUGGACACCCUACUAGAUGAUCUACAACAAGUUAAACAAUCUUCUUUUUUGGAUUCAGAAUCUUUUAAUACCUCUGGAACCGAUCCAAAAUACGGGGGUUCGAUAAAGAAACGAGUAGUAAAUAGAGAGCUUCAUUACGGAGACACUCCAACAAGUCAAAGCAGAAAUAGAACACUUGAAAGAGACAAUUCGCUACAAAAAGAAAUUGAGUACAUCAACGAAGGUACUUAUACCAACACCCGGACUACUCGACCGACUUCUCCAGUUGUUAACUCUAGAACAUCUACUCUGACCAAACAAACCAAAGCUAGCAAUAUACACGAAUACCCCGUAGAGGUAAUUGAAACCGUUUCUCCCGAUAUAGAUCCUGAAGUACUAGCUCAACUGGAUCCUAAUUUGAGACCACCAGGAAAUACAAAAGUCACAACUACAAUUAAGACUUAUACGUACGAGAUACCCGGCUCUGGCGACUAUCCCACGAAUCUGACCGACACGAAUGAACAAAAAUAUGUGUACUCGCCUAACAAAUCUAUCAGUACUCCUAGUAAAAGUUUUGUCUAUAAUGCUAUUGAAAAUAAGGAAAAUACCUUGUACCAGGAAAAUGCUAAUUAUCCCUUAUAUCAAAAGCCAAAUCCACCAGGUGUUUUAGUUAAAGAAACCAUCACAACACGGAACUACCAACCAGGAUACAGAAUUGACAAAAACCCCCCAUCAAUAAACGAAACGUAUAUCUACAAUGAAACUACUACGAAAAAUGUAGAUAAUCGCUUCUCACCAAUACCUCCACCACUGCCAAAUCAAAAUACUUAUAUUAUUAAUGGAACCGAGACAAACAUGAACAAAAAUGAUAGGCCGACACCAGGUAAAGAGACGUACAUACUAAAAGAAACCCAUAGAACUACUGUUAAUGAUGUUGUAAGUCCUCAAAAUCCCCAUUAUCCUGAGGACACAUACCCUAAACGAAAUGAUAAAUACAAUCCGGGUAAAGAAACUUAUAUUAUAAAAGAGGUUCACAACACGACUACCACCAAUGAUAAACCUUUCUCAGAAAGAGGAUAUCCUGUUUAUAAUCCUCCAGAUGGGCGAGAUCCACCUAAUACGUACAUUAUAAAAGAAACCACCAACACUACUACCAAUCAUUCAAAUGGGCCUUAUCAAAAUGGACGUCCAUCAAAUGAACCUCAAAAUAAAACUAUUAUCUAUAGACACGAAACGCAUUCAACCAACAACAAUUACAGUCCUAAUAAUCCCAAACCGUUCGAAGUAGAAACGUUUGACCCAAAAAAUCCUCCAUAUGACAUAAAGAAACAUCCUAAUGAACCUAUCAAUAUUCAAUAUUCAUACAAAUCUACUAGUAAAACGCAAAAUAAUUACAAAGGAGGAUAUCCACCUAACGAGGAGACGGAAACUUUGUUGCCUAAAAAGUUUCCAACUGACGAUAGGACUGAUGGACCUCCUAAAAAAUUAGAUGAGCUCAUGGCUACAAUAGGAAACGAGCCUCCAACCAGUCCUUUGAAUGCAGGUUUUAUUCAACAUGAACAUGAAAUAGCUCAACAAAAAAAGGUGGAAAAUUUGAAGCAAAGAUCAUCAGAAUUAGAGGAUUCACAAAAAAAAGAACCUCCACCAAAAUCCAAAAAUAUUGCUGGACCUCCAGUUUAUUAUCCACCAGGAGAAAUGUUUGUAAAAAAUGAAGAAGGUGGAGAAGCAUGGAGAAGUCAGGGAGCGUAUGCGAGAGGAUCUGGAAAAUAUCAGUAUGAAGCUGAAAGCAAAAGUAAAUCCAAGAUGAGCAGUGGUGCAACUGUAGUUCCAGUGUGCCUUCCCCUUUGUUGCGGCCUUCCAUGUACUCUUUUGUAAAAUAUAUGUUAAUAUGUUAUAUUAAGAAUUCACAAGUGCCUUAAAUAUUUUAAUAUAUUAUUUAUACUACCAAAAUUGAAAUCGACAAUAUUUUAUUAACUUAUUGUGUUCUAUUUUUGUCAACAUUCAAGAACAGUGAAUAUAGACCAACAUCCAGGUAAUUUUCUUUGCAAUUUUCUACUGACUGAUUAUGUUGUUGGAAUGUGUCAAGAUAAUAAGUUUUAAUAAGGAGGAGAGCGAGAGAUAACUGCAAUCUUACAAAACACAUCAAAUAUUCCUUUAACUGUGCAUUGAACAAGAGUAAAUAGUUCUAAAUUAUUUAAAACUAGUUUCUGUACUAUGCAUGUUUUUUUCCACUUCCAAAUUCAGUUCAAUAUGGUAGUUGCUAAAUACUUAGUUUUGUGAUAUCUAGAAAAUGGUGAUUACUGAUAUUGUGAAAUUUAUACGAUUUAAAAACCAUAGCUUGGUAAAACUUUCAAGUAGGCCACAUAGACCACAAAUAGUAUAACAAUUAAUAAUUUUUCUUAAUUUUAUUAUCAAUAAUAAUAAUUAGUCUUAUUGUUAUUUUAUAAAAUGAAAAAUUUUUUUAGAGACAGAGAACUCUAACAAAAAUAACAUUUUGUUUUUUCAAUAUUUAUGAAUUUUUUUUUCGAAGAAAAUGUAGCUAUUCAAUACCGCAAGAUGUAUUUCUACAAUCUUGCGUCAAAUUUUGGCUUCCAUGUACUAAGUAUUGCAAAAAAUUAUUUUCUUUGCGUUUUAUUUAUUUAGAGAAAAUGUGGUUCAUAUGUUGGGUAAAUAUAACUUAUGAAGUCCCACUUUUUUUCAACCCUAUUCCCCAGCAGCUGCAAACCUCAAAUUCUAAAAUUUCUCUCUACCUUUCCCCUGUAAGGAUUUUCAUGAGGUUUGUUGCUGUCAACCAAGUAUCGAGAAGACCAUCCCCAGAAACGGUUCACAAACGAUACCGAAGUCGGUUGGAACAUUGCGCAGAAUCGUCACCUUACCAAAGAUGGUUUUUUGAAGGGUUGAAACGAACAUCUGAAAUUGCUAUCAGCAAACCACUAACUUGGUAUAGUUUAUAAGUCAUUACUAAUAAAUUGUUACAAGAAACUUAACUUAUUGGCGUCACAAGUGUUCAAAGUUGCAUGAAAAUCCUAAAACUCGUGGAGUAAUUUUCAACGUUGAACGCUGGAUAUAAAAAACUCGUGUAAAAUAAAAAAAAUAUCACUGUAGGCUUAGAUACAUGAUGUACCAAACUUAAUUUUUUCAACUGACUUUACCACUUAUAAUGAACUUUUGAAUAAAGAUGAAAUAAGUUAGGUGAGCAUAAAAUUACAUCUAGUAAGAGUAGUUUGAUUUGACAGAAGUUUUUCCGAACAUUUUCUAAUAAAAAAAAUCAGUUUAGUCAAAAAUUGCAUAAUGAACCUAUCUUUAUACUCUUGCUCUUGUAAAUAAAUCAUAUAUUAAUCAUAAAAUAAAAUAAAAACAUGACAAAUAAAAACAAUAAGCUACAAAAGCUGUGGAAAUGAUAUUUAGCUGACCUAUUAGUAAUUUUGAACAGUCAAGAGUUGAUUUAUUUAUUUGCCUCUCAAAGAAUCAGAAUCACAACACUGUUGUUAUUGAUAAAUACUUUAUUUAAUUAGUUCAAUUAUAUUCGUGAUUAGUUUCCAGAGGAAAAUGUGUAAAGGAUAGGUUUUGAGAACUUCUAUUAAAUGAACUAUUGUCGUUUCAAUUUACUAAAAUAUUUGAAGAGAUAACUUCCAUUUUUAAUCUGAAAUAUAAACAUUAAUUUCUGAUAUAGGGGGUGUCAAAUAAUAUGUUUUGCUUUUGAUUUAUAUUAACAUGAACACAAAAUACUGUAGAUAUUUGUAACAAAAUUCUUGCCAUUAACAAAAAAGUGUCUAAUUCACAAUUAUUAUUCGUAAUAUAUAAUUUAAAACACUAA